ACCGGCAAACUUAAUCAGCAAAAAUAGCAAAAAUGCAGCUCAAGAACGUACUCGUCCAGGCCCUGCUUGUCGGUUUUGCAGCCGCCACCUACAGCACCCAAAUUGAGUGGGACGCCAAGUGCACCCAGGACACAAUUGUGAACAAGUGGUCGGCCAUCCGCACUGCGCUGGCUAACAAGCUCCCAAUAAGUAGGGUGAGCUCGGACCGGCCAAGUUCAACAAGGUCAAGCAGCUGCUGAAUGACUUUACUCUUCCUCGCAACGCUGACCUCGAGGUUAUUUACGACCUGAUUGAUAUUACGGGAACAAGAUACAUGGAUGGCGCCAUUGGGAGCGUUCUUAAUGACUACUUGCGCGACCACCCUUGCCCCAGGGUUACCAGCGUUGUCGUGCCGGUUGUAACAUCGUCAGCCCGGGCUACCAGUACCACCAGCAGCAUCCAUCUCGGGUACAGCACUGCACCGGGUAUUCCAGCGACUACCAACGGGUAUUUUGCUUCAUCGAGCACGACGUCUACUGGCAAGUACAUUACGACCACCCCGACCACUGUGACAACCUUGCCGGUAAUCACUGCGCCAGCUUUGCCGACAAUCACUGCGCCAGCUUUGCCGACAAUAACUACUACUUCUACCAGAAAGUACAACACGUCGACAACUGACAAGUACAACACCUCGAAGUCAUCCACUGGAAAGUACAACACGUCGAAGACCAAAAAGUACAACACUAAGACGUCCACCGGAAAGUACAACACUAAGACGUCCACCGGAAAGUACAACACGUCGAAGUCGUCCACCGGAAAGUACAACACUAAGACGUCCACCGGAAAGUACAACACUAAGACGUCCACUGACAAGUAUACCACCUCGCUCACGUUGCCAACAAUUACUGCGCCGACUUACCCCACUUCCCCGACCCCCGAGGAUCUCUACUCCACCACUAAGACAUCGACCGAGGACCUGUACUCCACUGAGUCUUCGACUGCUGAUCAGUACUCCACUGAGUCGUCGACCGAGGACCUGUACUCCACCGAGUCGUCGACUGUUGAUCAGUACUCCACUGAGUCGUCGACUGUUGAUCAGUACUCCACUGAGUCGUCGACCGAGGACCUGUACUCCACCGAGUCGUCGACUGCCGAUCAGUACUCCACUGAGUCGUCGACUGCCGAUCAGUACUCCACUGAGUCGUCGACCGAGGACCUGUACUCCACCGAGUCGUCGACUGUUGAUCAGUACUCCACUGAGUCGUCGACUGCCGAUCAUACUCCACCGAGUCGUCGACCGAGGACCUGUACUCCACUAUGUCUUCCGCGCCUGUUAACAAGUGCGCCAACCCUGUCGUCAUUACCAGAACUGUGGUCCGCGUGCACUCUACUUUCUACUAAUUAACCUCAUUACUACUUUUGUUGUAAAGAUCAUAUAUAUAUUUUCAACAAAUAAUUUAAUUGAAUA